AUGAAUGAUGAUAUCUAAAGAGGUAGAGAAAGGCCUGUUAGAAAAAACGGCUUAGUUAAUAGUCUUAAUCCUUAUCAAACUAUAAGCUGGAUUUAUACUCUUACUGAUAUUAUUAUUGCUUACAUAUUUUCAAUUUUAAUUUAGGAACCUGGAAUUCAUGUAUAGUUAUUUCUUAUUCAGGAACUUUUACUUAUCCUAUUAACUAUCAUUGUUACUACCAUUUUUUAUAGUUUUUUAAAAGCUACUUUGAUGGAUCCAACGGAUCCUAUUGUGAAACAAGAUAUAAAAUGCAAAUAACAAGGGUAAUCAUAUAGAUUAAACUAUAGUAAAGAAUUGAAAACCGAUUUUAAAUCAUAUUGUCUAGUUUGUUAAGCUCAUGCCUAGGAUAAAACUAAACAUUAUUGGAGUUGUAACAAAUGUGUAUCUCUCUUUGAUCAUCAUUGUAUAUGGCUUAAUAAUUGCGUUGGGGAUUAAAACUAUUCAUAUUUUUUCGUUUUAGUUAUAUCCUUGGUGACAUUUAAAAUUUUCAAACUUGCCUUAGAUGCUAGUUUAUUAUACUAUGAGGUUGAUCUACAAAUACUAGUUUACAUUUUUAUAGUAAUUGAUCCACCAAUUCUAAUAAUCCUAAUAAAUUUAUUGUCUAUGCACUUAUACUUUAAGUAUAAGCACAUAACAACAUAUGAAUACAUUAAAUCAAAGUAGGACAAGAAAUAAUAAACUAAUUAACAAUAGCAUCCCUAACAGAAACAGAAUUAAAAUGAUGGCAGAACAGGAUAUGGUUCAUUAUUAUCAACUUCAAAAAGAGUCGAUUUAAAAUCUUAAUUGUCUCUAAAAACUGCAGAUUCUAAAACAAAUGAGGAUAAAAAGAACCCUUAAUAAUCUCCAUCUUAACCGUAAUUAACAUAGCUUCCAAGUUUAUUUACUUCAAAGCCAGCAACUCCAGGAAAUGAUUAGGUUAGGAAGUCUCGUAUACAAUAAUAGGUUCCUUUAUCUUAUGCUAAAGAUCUGGAUGAAAUAAAGGAUAGUGAUGCUGAAGAUUCAGAACUUAAAAUGAAUAAAAGUUCAGAUGAGGAUUAAGAUGAUAAUCUUAGCAAUAAUGAGCAUCAUUGUCCAAAAAAUAGCAAUGUUUCUUAAAUCGAUUAAUUAGCAAAUCAAUCAAUAUCUUUUGAGAUCGAAUAAAAGAUAGUAGAAAAGAAGAAUUAAGAAGUGAAUAAGGAAAUAGAGAAUAAAUCUUUUAAUCAGGAUAUAGUUAGUGUUUCAAAUUAAUAAUCAUUGCAUGCAUAAUAACCUCCAUCUUCUCAAAAUUGCUAUACAUUCUAAAUAGAUUUAAAUUCUGAUUAAUAGAAGGUUAUUACAUCUCCAUCUAGUAAGAGAAAUAGUUAACAUUUAAUUGCUGAUAAUUGUACUGAAUGA